AUGGUUAAUAUUGAAUCAACAUCCAAUGCCAUCUGGUGGAUUAAAAAUCCGAAUGGAGCCAAGGCGGGCGGCACGGGGCAGGGGCGCAAGGAGUCGCUUGGGUCGACCUUUUGUCAGGAUAUCGCUGAAUUACUGCGCAAUAUAUCCUUGCAGGGUUAUAGCAAGCUGUUGGCAGCGGAAUUCACGCUGGCGGAGCGAUUAAUUUGGCUGCUGGUGCACACAGCCACGCUCAUUUCAAUGGUGGCUGUGCUCAUGCUCACCUGGGAGCACUUUGUUGCACAAUACUUUGUCAUCAAUCUGAAGGAUCCACUUUAUCCGGUUCAAAAUGUGCCAUUUCCGGCUGUGUCAAUAUGCUCCAACAAUCGCAUUUCCCUGCGGGCCGCCACUGCCUACGCUCUUGAGCUUCAGAGUAGCGAUCCAUCGCCUCGAGAGCUGAAGUAUUACCUGGACAAUCUGACAAAUCUGCGCAAACUGUAUAUGCUCGGCGACAAGGAGACGUUCAAUGAUGAUUAUGCAAACUUUCAAGCAUUUCUGGACAUCUUCGGCACCUGGAACAAUGAAACCUUCUUUAAUACGCGGCGUAUCAUGUAUAUGCUCUCACCCACGUGCUCGGAAUUUAUAAUAAAGUGCAGUCUGAACAAUCUGAAAAUCCCCUGCUUAGGCGAAAAUGCUUUUCAGAAAAAACUGACGAAGUAUGGUCCAUGCUGCAUUUUUAAUAGCAAUAACUGGCUUAAAAAGAGAAAUUUUACUUAUCGCUUGGCUGAUUCGUCUUUCGGACUGACAGUUGUCCUAAAUUCGAGUAAGGCGGACUAUUUGUCGCCAGUUUUGAAUACCGAUGGCUACAUUGUUAUAAUUCAUGAUGCGGAUAAUUUUCCGGCGGUAACAUCGUCAAAUUCAUUGGAAAUGUUUCCGGGACAAGGGGAAGAGAGUUAUCUGAGAAUUUUUGCGCGUGUAAUAGAUACCGAUAACAGUUUAUACUCAUUUUCCCCAUAUGGCCGUCGAUGUUAUUUCCAUACGGAAGCGAAUAUGCCACAGAUAGGCUCCAUUUAUACUUUCCCCAACUGCAUUACCAGAUGCCGCAUACGCAGCAUAAUUGCCCUAUGCAAGUGUCUGCCCUUCCAGAUGCCUCUGGAACUGGUGGAGAACUUAGACGGAGUGGUUUACUGUACGCUCGCCCAUGUGGCUUGCCUUUCCAAUUACCAAUUUAAAUGGAAUAAUGUACUGACCCAGAGACUUCGGAUUCCGGGCCUGGAGCGUGAGUCAGAGGAAGCCUUGUUCUGUCCGCAGUGCCUGCCCUCGUGCAACGAUGUUCAGUACAGUGUUUCUCUCAACGAGCUGCCAAUCGACACUUACCUGGCGAGCCUAUCACCUGACGAAGUCGACACUAGCCUGGGCACCGAGUUGUCCGUCCUGAGAGUGUUUUUUGGAAAGCCGAAUGCUAAUUACUAUAUGCGGCUGUUGAACAACGAAUGGUUUGAGAUCUUCAGUACCGUUGGCAAUAUUCUAUCAAUAUUUAUGGGAUUUUCAUUGGUGGCCAUUUUUGAGACGCUUUUCUUCAUUUGCAAGCACAUUUACUUGGGCUGUCAUCGUAUAUUGGAGCGCGGCAGAGCCAACAGCAAGGAGAAGAAGUUGGAUGCGACAAAACUAAAAAUAUAUCCAUGA